CGGCGAGGGACCGAAAGGGAACAAAUGUCAUUUAUAAUGAAUUUAUGCCAUUAACAAGUUUUAUUGAACAAAUAUUCCAUUAAUAACUGCAAUAAUAACUUUAACUUGAAAUUCGUUCCCACGACUUUCAAUUGAUCGAAAUUCGAUCAAAUCAAUCCGACUGUGUAAACAAGCUUGGUGCGCUGCAACCGGAAGUACCAUUCAAUGUAAGUUGAUGAAAGUGGGAUUUUCCCGAUCCCUUGGAUCUAAAAUUGAACUUGAACUUACAGAUAUUUGCACUGAUGGCGACAUUUUCCAGCUUUUGCAUUAUCCAUGAGAAGAAAGAUCCAACUUAAUAGAAUGAGCAUUUGAUUUACAUUUUGAUUAUUCUAAUCACCAUACACCAUGUCUCUGGAAUCAUUCCUGAGUGGGGACUCAAUACCUGCAGAACAGGAUGCAGGAAGUUGUGCUCCAGGUUUUCCUGAUUUUAAAUUAUCAGUUGGUUUAGCUACCGCUGGUAGUGGUACAAACCCUAUGAUUAAUCAGAUGUUUUCUGAUGAGGAGGAUGAAGAAAGCAUGGAUGGGGACAACGAAAGUUGUGAAGACCUAGAUAAAGUGGACAAUGAUGACUUUGAAGAGGAUGAAGAAAACGAACAGGAUGAUUUAGAGGAUGAAGGUGAUGAUGAUGAGGAGGAAGAGGAUGAUGAGGAGGAAGAUGAAAUAAAUGAAAACGGUGAUGAGAGCAGUGAGGAGAAUAGUGAGGAAGGUGUUGAUGAUCUGGUAGAUAUGGACAGUAAAAUGAACAAUAUGUCAAAAGAUUCUGCUUCUGAAAGUGUGGCAGAUGAUAUUUCAAGUAUUAUAAAUGAUCUCAAUACAGAUUUUGGCAUGCCAGUUGACGAUGCCUCCAGUGUGGUUAAAGCUUCUAGUCCAUUGGUAGAAAGUGUACAGACUGAGGAGGACAAGAAAAUAAAGAAACCUGAUAAUGAAAAGCCAGAAUGUAGUAAGCCAAAGAAAAGGAAACGGAAAAAGAAAGAAAAGGGGGAAGGCGCACCAGCAAAGAAAAAGACAAAAAAAGUGAAAACCCAAAAACAAGCUAACAUGAGAAAAAACAUCAGGGAAAUCAUUAAGGAAAAUGAACUUGAAACUACAACCCUAGCAGCACAAAAUGAAGAAAUGGAAAGAAAGCGUCGACUUCAGGAGCAACAGAAGGUGUUAGCAGCAACAGUCCCAUCUGUUCCUACCCAGGUGGCUGAUGCUGCAGAUGCUGAGGAGAAGGACUCUCAACUUAAGUCCUUGUUACAAAGCAUGCCUGAUGAAAUGCCCACAGAAAUAAAGAAAGAGAAAGAUGAUGAUCUGAUUCUGGUAGACAGUGGGGAUGAAGUAAAGAAAAAGGAAAAGAUGGAAGUCAUUGACAUCAGUAGUGAUGACGAUGAUGAUGCUGUCCAAAUCACCAAAGAUGAGGACAGUGAAAUUGAUCCUGAAGAUCCAAACAAUGGAGGCAACCAUAUCAAUGAUGAUCUCAAUGUUGCUGACCUUGAGGGUCGUGUCCAGGUCAACAUCGGACAUCCACCAGAAGAUGAUGACAUUUACCUUGCUCCACAGAUAGCAAGAGUGAUCAAGGCUCACCAAAUUGGUGGUGUUCGAUUCCUAUAUGACAAUUUAGUAGAGUCAAUGGAGCGAUGCAGGAGCAGUGCAGGAUUUGGUUGUAUAUUAGCCCAUAGCAUGGGACUGGGAAAGACAAUACAAAUGAUAUCAUUCAUUGACAUAUUUCUGCGUCACACAACAUUAAAAAGUGUUCUACUCAUUGUGCCAAUAAACACUCUACAAAAUUGGGUGGCAGAGUUCAAUAUAUGGCUGCCUACACAUGCUACUGUGGGGGACGAUCCCAACUAUAUACCUCGAGCCUUUGAAAUAUAUCUGCUUAAUGAUGGAUACAAAACAACAGCAGCAAGGGCAAAGGUUAUUGCGGAAUGGCAUAAAAGUGGUGGAGUCCUUGUGAUGGGGUAUGAAAUGUAUCGUCUGUUGUCUAGUCGCCGUGGUUACAUGGGUACACUCAAAAAACCUGGCCGGAAGCCCUCCUCUCCUGUAGUCAUUGAUUUAGAAGAAGAGGAUAGAAACAAAACUCACCUACUCCGUAUGUAUGAAGCAUUAGUCAGUCCCGGUCCAGACCUGGUGGUGUGUGAUGAGGGACACAGGAUAAAAAACAGUCAUGCUGGAAUCUCAAUGGCCCUAAAAAAUAUACGAACCAGACGGCGAGUGGUGUUGACUGGCUACCCACUACAGAACAAUCUGAUGGAGUACUGGUGUAUGGUGGAUUAUGUACGGCCAAACUACUUGGGUACCAAGACGGAAUUCUCUAAUAUGUUUGAGAGGCCAGUGAUGAACGGACAGUGUAUGGACAGUACUGAAGAAGAUGUGAAGACAAUGAGACACAGGGCUCAUGUGUUACAUAGUCUCCUAGAGGGCUUUGUCCAAAGACGAGGGCACACAGUGUUGCAGCAGGCUCUGCCACAGAAACAGGAAUUUGUGUUCCUCAUACGGAUGUCUCCUAUACAGAGGGCGCUGUAUAAAACCUUCCUGGAGUCGGUAGUGGAGAACUUCACUGCCACCAGUGCUUGGUCCAAUCACAAUCCUCUACGAGCAUUCGCCACAUGUUGCAAGAUCUGGAAUCACCCAGAUGUCCUGCACAAACUGCUGGUUCAGAGAAAAGUGGCAGGAGUUGAUGAUGACCUUGACAUUGACCCUGGUAAUGAAGGUCGGGCCAAGAAAGGCUCACAGAAAUCCAAGAAGGCUGUGGAAAAGCAACCAGGAAGUGAAAAGAAAGAUGAUGUUGUCUCCUAUGAAUGGGCUGAGUCCCUGAUGGAGAAUCACAUGGCAGGUCUCCUGGAGACUGGAGGCAAGAUGGAGCUGCUGUUUAAUGUCCUGGAGGAAGCCAUCCCAGCAGGGGAUAAAAUCCUUGUAUUUAGUCAAAGUUUAUUCACGUUAAACCUCAUAGAAGAAUUCUUGUCCAAAACCAAGGUUCCAAGACCAGAUGUGGAUUGUAAUUGGACAAAGAACACUUCCUACUACAGACUGGAUGGAAGCACUGGUGCAACAGAAAGAGAGAAAAUGAUCAACGCAUUCAACAGACCGGAUGGUCAAGCUUGGCUGUUUCUACUGUCUACAAGGGCUGGAUCCUUGGGGGUAAAUUUGAUUGGAGCUAACCGUGUGGUGGUGAUGGAUGCUUCCUGGAAUCCCUGCCAUGACUGCCAGGCGGUAUGUCGUGUGUACAGAUUUGGUCAGACUAAACAAAGUUACAUCUACCGAUUUGUCACUGACAAUACAAUGGAGAAGAAGAUCUAUGACCGUCAGAUCAACAAACAGGGCAUGUCUGAUCGUGUUGUGGAUGAGCUCAAUCCUCAAAAUCAUUUCUCUAGACGCCAUGUUGACAAUCUCCUCCAUUAUGAGGACACAGAUUUUCCAGAAGUAGAUUGUAGUGACUGUGAAGAGAAAUUUACUGAUCCUGUUUUGAUCAAGAUUUUAAAGAAAAACGGUCAUUGGAUAACAAAGAUGCCAUUCAGCCAUGAGUCUCUGCUAAUAGACAAGAAGGAACUACGUCUUUCCAAGAAAGAGAAGAGAAUAGCCAAGCAAAACUAUGUCAAUCAAAAACGUCAAAAUAUCAGCUACUCACGUCCAUCAUAUACAGCUUUCUAUCCUAAAGGGCCCGGGGGCGGGCCACAGCAAGGGCCAGCUAUCACAAGGGUAUACCCUAAUCGACCUAUUGCGAGUGUCAAACCCAUCAUCACAACACCCGUGCCAAUGAGACCUAAAGGAGCCGGUCCAGAGAAGGUUAACAAGGCAGGUGUAUCAGUCCACAAAGUCAUCACAACCACAGACAUCAUGUUACCUGGAUCUAACACCAGUUCAGAUGCAGGGGCAGGAGUUUCCGGCAACAAGAUUACAGCUGGCCAACAGAUAUUCAUUAUUAAGACACCCAAGGGAGUCUACAUCCGAACCAGCUCUGGAAAAAUAUUUUCAGUAAGGACCAAAAUGCCAGAAAUAACCAACGCUACCAAAAUCAUUGUCAGUUCCUCCGGAACUUCUCCAGUUACCUCAGCCAUAAGUACGACCAUCAUUUCACCAACUUCUGCAGGCUCACGACCAUCCAGCAGAGCGACUAUUGUGACACCCAGUUCAGUAUCCGUCGCUAGUGCAUCUGGGAAUGGUCAGCGGAAUGUUUUCAAGCCCCCUUCAAUGGCCUCGGCACCAGACACACCCACCAACAUCCUGGCUUCCAUCUACUCCCAGUCACAACAGGUCAACUCUCUUCUUAAACAACAGACGCUGGACAGUGUGGCCUCUAAACCAACAACAUUGACCAAAGAGGUGUUGCCCACCUCGUCUGACAAAGGAUCAACCAAACAGGACAAGACCUUCAUGUCUAAAAAGCGUGAUAAUAUGUUCUUACCAACAACCCAGGAGGAAGAUUUUCUUACAAACCGCGGCCAUAAAGAGAGCUUUUUAACAAGUUCACAAGAAAAGAGCUUUUUGGCCAGUUCACAGGAUAAGAGUUUCUUGUCAAAUUCAAAGGAGAACAGUUUCCUAGGAUCUUCACAUGAGGAUGAUUUUCUGCAGGCACCACACGACAUGGACUUUGGCUCUCCGUCUAUAAGGGAAGGCUUUUUACCAACACCGCAAGAUGAGAGCUUUUUGCCCUCACAAGAAAAAGGCUUUUUGCCAACCUCAAAGGAACAAAGCUAUAUGCCAAUGUCACAGGACAAAGACUUUUUACCCACCUCACAAGAAAAGGGAUUUUUACCAACUCCACAUGAGAAAAACUUUUUACAAACUUCACAGGAAAAGAACUUUUUGCUACCCUCACAGGAAAACAGUUUCUUGCCUACCUCACAGAAAAAGGACUUUUUGCCCAUUUCACAUGAUAAGGGCUUUUUACCACCAACAAAAAGUAAGUUUUUGCCCUCGGUAAAGGACAAGAGCUUUUUGUCUGAUUUAUCUGACCCAUUUGGAGAUAAUAGUGCUUCAUCUUCUCCUGGUAGUAUGUCAUCUGGGAAUAUGUCGUCUCCUGGAGUUUUAAGUCCUGCCCAGGUACAACCAAUUCAACCACAACAUAAUCGACCACAUGUGCAACCAAUUCUGCCACAGGUUCAGAGUCAUUCUCAGAUGACAACUGGACAACCCCAGGUCCAACCAAUUCAGCCACAGAUCCAACCAAUUCAACCGCAGGUUCAACCAAUUCAACCACAAGUACAACCCAUUCAACCACAGGUUCAACAACAGAAUCAGACGCAACAUCAUCAGCAACAGCAAAAUCAACAUCAGGUUCCUCCACAACAAAAUCAGCAGGAUCACAAUCAGCAGUUGGGAGAUAUUAGUAGUGACAGCAACACAAGAACACACAAGCAGUCAAAGCUUGCAAAAAUUGCACCCAAUCUGUCGGGUAUGCCACAGACACGGACCCCUCAGAAUGCCAUGUCAAACUUUUACUUACCCCCUCAGAUCCCGUACCAGCCCUACAACAUGGGCCAGGGAAAUAUGUCUCAGGGGAUGGGCAUGGGUAUGAACCCCUACAUGAACAACCAGAUGUUCAUGCCCCAUGCCAAUCCCAUGUCAAAUGAUGGUGGCAUGUCUUCUCAGUCUCAACAACAAAACCAGCAAUAUUUCAACAUGCCAUCUUCAUCUUCAUCAUCACUUGGAUCUUUGGGAUCAGGUCAGAGUUCAGACAUGUCUAACAUGGAUAAAUCAAACUUUGGCUCAUCAAUGCAGUCAUCUCCCUCCUCCUCAAUGAUGUCAUCAAUGCCCUCCAACAUGAUGCAAGGGUUUCCGUUCACACCGUACCCAUUCCCUAUGCCAUCACCGUACCUCAUGCAGAAUGGCAUGUCUGGAAACUCCCCGUAUAUGCACAUGCAGGGCCAGUAUGACUAUGGACAGAUGGGGGGAAACUAUAACAUGCCCAGUUAUAACCCUAGUGGGAACAUGAAUAUGGCAGCUAACAACCAAACGGGUAGCUGGGACCAUAGUUCAAAUAUUGACCAGAGUGGCAAUACUCCCCAGUGUUAGGGGUCUUUUAUUCUGUCUGGGUCACGGUGUUCCGAGCAUGAUUUCAUUAACAACUAUUUGGAUUGAAUUACAUGUACUGUCAUAUCUAAAAUAAUAUUGACUCACACAAGUUCAAUUUUGGAUUGGUCCAUUUCUAGAACAUCUUAUUAAAGCAAAGUCAUUGAUAAAAAUCUCAUAUUUAUUUGUAUAUUUAUCAAAAUUGAAUGCAGGUCACUGUUCCCACUUCAUUCAGCCUUUAGAUAUAUUUUGUGGAAACUAAGUACAUCAGGGAAUAUAAGUAUUAUAGAUAGAGACUCAAGUGUAGUUAGAAUUCUAUGUUGUUGAUUGGUUCAUAUCAUGUUCUGAAUACCCAAGGCCCAGCAUGAAACCAUGCUUCAAUGAAGAGGAUUUUCACCAUAGUGAACCAUAUCUACUUACACUGAUAAAGUAUGAGUCAAUAACGGCUGCAUGUUUCUUCACAAGUGUUAUCGUGUCAACUUGGAUGAAAUUUUAUUGGAAAAGUGCAAAUCAUAUGAACUAAGUAAAGUAUGUGAUUGUAAACUGAAGGAUGAUAACGUAUACGUAGAGAUGCUGCUUUUAUUCUCUAGACCAGUCCCACAUGAAGGCUGUCGCACUGUGACAACUUGGACAAAUUUACCUCAGUGCUUGUUGUGUUUAUUUUACAGACUUAGAAUUGAAAAAAAAUAUAUAUAUAAAGUAAACGUACGUAAAGUGACAAUUCUAUCAUUCCAAUCCAAUUGGAAAUUUAAUCCAUGAUCAUAUAUUAUUAUGUUGAGUAACAGAUGUAAAUUUAAUGGUUGAUGAGAGAUUCGCACACAUGACAUUGUCAAUGGUGUGUGUUGCACUUGUUCACCUAGUUCAUGCCGUGAGAUAAUUAACAAAUGUUGUGAAUAAUAUCACAAAGAUAUUAUUGAAAAUCAGUAAUGUGACAUUUCAUAUUUAUUAGGCUACUUAGACAAUUUUUUUUACAUCUUAUGUCAAUUUUCACUCUUUGUUGUAUUGGAAGGAAUAUUCUUUUCUGAAGAGAGGAAAACUCAAAAGUUUACUAGUUUUGUAAGUUAUAUAAAUGAUAUUUUGAUUUAUGGAGGCCCAUCCAUAUUUUAUCAAAGUAAUCAUUAAUCAUAUCUCGCUGAUUAUAUGUUUUAGUUCAUGUGCUACUAUCAUGAAUUUUCAAUUAAAAUUGUUACUGAGUAAUAAGUUGUAUUACUAUUCUAAUUCACGACAGGGUUUCUUGCACAUAUGCUUGUACAAUGUUGUUAGUCUCACUUGAAUAUUUUUGUUUGAAAGCAAUGUGUACACUUUGUACAAUUUUAAUAACCAUUUCUAUGUGUGUAACAUGUAAAUUAUUAUUCAUUGUGAAUAUUGUGAUCAUUUAGAUAGAUAAUAUUUUGUCAUUUUAAGGUAAUGACAUUUUUUUUAUUGAUAAAUGUCUGUAAAUGUGUGCUGAAUCUGUCUUUGUUUCUUUCUGUUUCUCCGUCCGUCCCUUGAUUUUACAGUACAUAGAAAAUUGGGAAACUUUCUUUACACCAUAAACACAGGCUAUUUCUGGUUUUAAACCAUUCAAACCUGAAAAUCAGUGGGGUUAAAAAUAUUUGAAAGUCUUUGAUUAAAACAAGAUAAAUAAUUGGUUUUUCCAGCUAGUAAUUUAAACUUUGAAAUCAAAUCUUAAUAUACAGACUAAAACAGAUGAUGUAUGGAUUUAUACUGUUUAUACACAAUUACAUAUUUAAUUUAUCUAAUAAUUACUGAAAUAUUACAAAAUAAAGGACAUAAUAAGAAAGAUGAUGUGUUUUUGAUGCUGAAAACAAGUCUAAAAGCAUAUGGCUAGAUAUCCAGUACUCAAAGCAUAUGGCUAGAUAUCCAGUACUCAAAGCAUAUGGCUAGAUAUCCAGUACUCAAAGCAUAUGGCUAGAUAUCCAGUACUCAAAGCAUAUGGCUAGAUAUCCAGUACUCAAAGCAUAUGGCUAGAUAUCCAGUACUCAAAGCAUAUGGCUAGAUAUCCAGUACUCCAUGUGAAGCUCAAUUAUAAAAAAAAUAGCAGAAAGUGGGAAAAUGCCAUAAGAGAAACUAACUAGAAAAAAAGUGUGAUUUAAAAAAACUGUAAAAUGCCAUCGAUAUCAUGGACAUAAUGACAUCAUAAUUGUAGCCAUAUGAUGAAACAGAUUAAUAUCGUGGAACAUCUAAAGGAUCAUGUCAGCAAAAAAAAACUCAAUUUGUAUUGUAUCGGGUUCCUCAUUAGACAGUGUUGGAAUUGUAAAUGUUGAACUGCCUGAUUAUGGUAUUUAGUAAUAGGAUCAUCAUAAAUACCAUAGCAUGUCAGUUGUUUGCUGGAAACACUUGAGAUUGUAUUAGUAAGGAUCCAUUUUGUGGUUUCUGAUCAAACACACCCAUCCUCUUUCCCAGAAAUAGCGGAGGAGUAGUUUCAGGGAUAGGUGUUGUUUCAUAGAAUAGUUUAUUUCAAUGCAUUUUAAACAGGUUAUCCUACCACAACAAACCUUUUGGUGUACGUUAAUGGUUGUGACAUUAUAACAAGAACAGAUUAACAUUACACUAUACCACUGAUGUAAGUGAUGAUACAAAGCAAUAUACCUGUUGUACAUGUAACAAAGAAAUCUUAUUUAUUCAUCUACCAUUGUCAGUCAAUAUGAGUAAAUUAUUGUGCUGUCUAAAUGUUAGACAAUUUGCCGAGGUCCAAGUACAAAAUGUAAAUUAUACAAUUGCAACUAUUUACAUUUAUCAGAAGUAAAUUAAAAUCCUGUACUUGUUUCAACCUAUUAUCAAUUUUAAAAUCCUAUGACAAAUUUUUGAUAUAACAAACUAUUUCCUAUGGAAUUUGUUAUAAACAAAUUUUACUGUAUAUAAACUGCUUUACACACUUCAUGAUGUAAUUAGCACCUUGACGGAAUAUUCACAUCACACUGACAUGAAUCACAUUUAAACUAUGGCAUGGGGAUUUCGGAUGGUAUCGAGCAUUUUCUUUAGGGAUGAAGAUAUCUUUUUAGCAUUAAGAGAAUCAGGUAAACUUUAUAUUAGAUCAUAUACAAACAUAUUCCAUUUCCUCUGAUGAGAUUUUAGGAAGUGAUGAUUAUACACCAGAGCUUAGUACUGUUGUGAGGCAAGCUUACCGGUAUGCAUUAAUAGAUCAUUGUGGAUGAUUAAUGCACUGCCUGGUAUAUACUUGUGCUAAUGUCCUGGGCUGUUAUCUUUUAUCCUGAUACGACAGGUUGGACAGGAGUUGUUUGUUUAUGAACUAAUGACAGCCCUACAGAUGUUGUAUUGCUUUUCGACAAGCCUUGACAAAGACUUAAAGGCCUGUAUUAAUAUCUGCUUGUCCGUCAGGAUUUGUACCAGAAAUGUUACAAUUAAAGAUUGACAAAUCAGUUUGUCUGCAUACACGAACAGGUCCUUGUCCAUACAUAUUCCAUACAUACACGAACAGGUCCUUGUCCAUACAUAUUCCAUACAUACACGAACAGGUCCUUGUCCAUACAUUUUCCAUACAUACACGAACAGGUCCUUGUCCAUACAUAUUCCAUACAUACACGAACAGGUCCUUGUCCAUACAUAUUCCAUACAUACACGAACAGGUCCUUGUCCAUACAUUUUCCAUACAUACACGAACAGGUCCUUGUCCAUACAUAUUCCAUACAUACACGAACAGGUCCUUGUCCAUACAUUUUCCAUACAUACACGAACAGGUCCUUGUCCAUACAUAUUCCAUACAUACACGAACAGGUCCUUGUCCAUACAUAUUCCAUACAUACACGAACAGGUCCUUGUCCAUACAUUUUCCAUACAUACACGAACAGGUCCUUGUCCAUACAUUUUCCAUACAUACACGAACAGGUCCUUGUCCAUACAUAUUCCAUUCAGUAACUUGUAUUUUGGCUAUAAUUUGUGUUUAAAAGUUGUCUCCCUUCUUUUGUUAAAAUGUUUGAUUAAAGAACCAUGAAUUCAUGAUGUAUAUCAAAUAGGAUUCUUUUUGUGGUAUUGGAUGGUAAAUAUACAGUAAGAUUGUCCUGAAACCAUUUAUAUCACUGUAAGGCAGCUUUCAGGACUAUAUACCACUGGACUUGGUUACAAGUGACUGGAUCCUUUGUAAGAAUUUCUAGUCUAGGGUUUUCUAGUUUCUAAAGAACUAGGACGACAGGGCAGGUAUCUAAAGAUUUAGAUCCGAUGAGUUGUUUAUAAGGACUACAAUCACUGGGCUUGUUAGUCCCCAUUCUGUCAUCUCUCUAUACUUAAAUUUUUCCUGGCUCUAUCUCGCACACAUCUGGUCUCUUAGGUUUAGGAUUAUUUGGCUUGUUUCUAAGGACUGGAUCCCCGACCAUGUAUAAUAUGAAAUACAGUGUUAUCAAAAUGAAAUCGAAGUUAGCUGCUCAUCACAAAACAGAUAUCAAACUAGAAACAUGAAAUACAACAAAAAUAGAUAAAUUUUCUGUUCUUAAAUAAUUGAAGUCCCAUACUAAAUUUGUUUACACAGACUGUUUUUGGUUAUUAUUAAUCAAUUUUAUUCAAUAUUGAUUUUGGAUCUUGUUUGAGUACAUGUGCAUGAUAAAGAAUACAUGUAAGAUCAAGUUAAUUUGUAAUUAUUAGGAAAGAUGUAGUUUAAACACAUACUUGAUUUAAAAGCAAUAAUACAAAUUAAUCAAAACCUUUUUUUAAAUGUUUUUUCUGAUGUACCGAUAUUAUUUAAUGUACCACCUAAGAGAUGUAUGAUUAAGUUAUGAUUUAUAUAGAAUCUAUCGGAUAUUACCACCUUAGAGAUGUAUGAUUAAGUUAUGAUUUAUGUUGAUAGCCCAGUAAGUAUUAUUAUUGUUUCACUGCUGUAAUAGUAUUCUGAAGUUUAAAGCUUUAAGUUUAUAAGUUUCCAUCAAAUGUCUUUUUGAAUAUCCAAGUAGAUGUAUCAUUGCUAGGUUGAUUUAAAAAAAAAAAUAAGAUUAAAAAGUUUCUCAUUCCCUUCAAGACAAGUCACUUACAAAUUAGAACCGAAGGGAUUUUUCAUAUCCCCAUCACCUAAUUCAAAAUCAAGUGAAUUUGAAAAAUCAAGGAUGCUCUAGAUUAACUGAUAUUUAAAAUUUGAUAUAUUUAUAUGUUUAUGUGCGAGUCGGACAAUAUUCACAUCCUAUAGAUUAGGAAACUGUUACCACUCUUUGUCUUCUGUAUGUUUGUCAGCCAAGGUUUACAGAGUGAGAAGCAAUGGGCCAAUACCUCAUGCCCAGAUGGAACUCUUGAGUGGGACGCUUUUACACUUCAAAUGUUUUACAUUAUAAAUUCAUCAUGCUAGUGUGUAUGUUGUCCUUUUCAUUUUCAUCAGAAUAAAUUUAUAGAUUAAUUCU